UGGCGUAAUGUGUUAAAAAUGUCUAUCUACGUAUCUACCCACUCCCUACUCCACCCGAUGGAUGGAUCGUCGGCUAGGAGUGGAUCUAUUAUCUACGGAGUGCUCGAUGGCUUGGGAUAAGACCGCUGUACCCCAGAUUUCCUCCCUCCACCAACGCGUUGCUAUUUAUUGUUUGCCGUGUUCCACUCUGCCUGACUCCUUUUUUGCUUUACCUCUUCUACUGCAAGUUGAGGUUGUGUUUCGACACCGUUGUUGUGUUGUUGUGGCUCUUUAUCUACCCCUUAGCUCGCCCCGUUCCGGGAAGCCCUUAUCUAUACACUCAAGGCUUAUCUCUAAGGCGCCGAUAAGCUAAGCAUUACGGUCGACCUCGCGUUUUCUGACUCUUGCUGAUCCUUUGGACUCCUUUCGUAAACUCGUCUAUACAUUGCAAAUCGAGAUUCUGCAAACAUGGCGCCCCACGCAACAGACGCUCCCUCGACAUCGCCUCCGCGCUGGGAGUGGUCCGCAUCCAGCCCGCCUGCCAUCUCAGUCAUAGCCUCUUCACGCGCAGUCAUAUCUGGUCGCAUUACCGAAGCGACCAUCGUCGUCUCGCAAGUCACUGGGAAAGUCACGUCGAUAUUCCAUUCUGUGCUUCCGCGCUCUGAUUUCCCGCCUGGGACAACAUAUGUCGAUCAUAGCCCGCACCUCGUGCUGCCUGGCCUUGUCGACGCGCAUGUGCAUCUCAAUGAGCCAGGACGGACGGAGUGGGAGGGCUUUCAUACAGGUACGAGGGCCGCGGCGUUUGGGGGUGUGACUACAGUGGUUGAUAUGCCCCUGAAUGCGAUUCCGCCGACCACGACUGUGGCCAAUUUGAAUGAGAAGAUUGCUGCUGCCCAGGGCAAGUGCUGGGUUGAUGUUGGGUUCUACGGAGGCAUCAUUCCUGGAAAUGAUGGUCAUCUUAAGGAUCUGGUUCGAGCCGGUGUUCGCGGGUUCAAAGGCUUCCUCAUCGAGAGUGGUGUCGAGGAGUUUCCUGCAGUAUCAGCUGGCGACAUUGAGAAGGCUAUGCUGGCGCUCGCUGACGAGCCGACGACUCUGAUGUUCCAUGCUGAGAUGACUCCGCCUAUCACUGCCUCUGUCGGAGACGGUGUCCAGAGUUCAUUGCCACCUCUUGCACCAUCAGGCCCGCUUGAUGCAUACAGCACAUUCCUGGACUCACGACCAGCUUCAUUUGAAACAUGUGCGAUUGAUGAGAUUAUCUCUUUGGCGCACCUCGCUCCCAACCUACCGCUGCACAUCGUUCAUCUCUCAGCGAUUGAAGCCAUCCCACUACUCCGCGAAGCUCGUGCGAAGGGCGUGAAGAUUACCGCCGAGACUUGCUUUCAUUAUUUGUCGCUCGCCGCGGAGGAAAUCCAGAACGGUGACACGCGUCACAAGUGUUGUCCGCCAAUCCGCACGAAGUCAAAUCAGGAUGGUCUGUGGGAAGAGCUUACGAGACCUAGAUCCCAGGACCCGGUCAUCAAGACCGUAGUUUCAGAUCACUCACCUUGUACACCCGAUUUAAAGCUGCUACCUCCGGCAAUCUCGUCAAGCGACGAGGCUCCAUCGGACAAGCAGGGAGAUUUCUUUGCUGCCUGGGGUGGCAUUAGUAGCGUUGGUCUUGGUCUGCCCAUUCUUUGGACCGAAGGUAAACGCCGUGACCAAAGCUUCGACAUCGAGGAUGUUGUGAGAUGGUGCUGCAAAGAGACCGCUCGUCAAGUCGGCCUCGAAGGUGUCAAAGGUGACCUUCUUGUAGGCUAUGACGGUGACAUCUGUGUAUUCGAUGAUGAAAGUAGUUUCGUCGUCGAGAAAAGCGCAAUGCUAUUUCGGAACAAAUGCUCGCCAUACGAGAACCGCACGCUACAAGGCGUGGUCAAAGAGACUUGGGUCCGAGGGCGUAAGGUGUUUGACCGUAUGAACGGAUUCGUAAACAAGGCCGGACCUACUGGUAAACUUCUAUUGGAGCCGCGCAAGAGAGCAGACUAGAUCCAACGUCAUGGAGGGCAUACUUGUUUAGAUGAUAAUGUUGUGAUGAUUGCAUUUACGAUGGCGUUUUCGAGCAUUUGUUUUGUAAACAUCGGCAUGUUGUCAGGAGACAUAGAGAUGAAUGAUGGUUCCAGUCGAUAAAAUGAGGGUUAGGAGUAUUGCGAUCGCAUACACUAGAUUGAGGGAAUAUGUUUAGUGUGACGAGCCGGAGAAGUUCUCGCAUUCUAUAUCUCCUUUGAACAUAGGCACAUGCUCAAACCGAACAAUAUGAUCUCGAUAUCACAGUAGUGGGCCAGAUAACAAGUUUUGUUGAUAUUUU